AUGCAACCCUGGGGUAGGGUAGCUUUCCUAACCCGUCUCUUGAAACUACUAACCCCAGUCCGGUGCCUGAGAGUUCGGGACCUUUCCCCACAACUGCGGGCAAAAAUUACCUCAAACGGCGUGUGGGGGCUUUUAUCCUUAUUUCCUGGGAAGGUUUCUCCGAUAGGACAUAUCGGUGUUUCACAACGAGCGAUCUGGUCGAAUAUCGAAAUAUCUGACUCUUACCAAUAUCCUUUAAGGCCUAGCAGAAGGUCGUUUGAAAGGGAACGCUGGGUUCGAAAAUGGGAUGAUGCCCCCGGCAAUCUCUUGGUCUUCUUCCGCAUCCAGGAGUGGGCCGCACAAUUGAUCAUUAGAUAG